AUGGAAAACGUGGGAUCACCCUCCGCCUCCGCCGCCGACGAUGGUACGCCGGUGCAACCAAUCUCCUCCUCGACUCCUCCGGUGCCGUCAUUUCCAGCUCCCCUCGGUACUACCGGUGUCCCUCCCGUCAGUCCAACUGAAACGCGGAAACGCGGAAGGUCAAGCCCUGGGAUGACUACUCCUUCACCGUCUCAGGUCGCCGGCGGUGGACUUUCGUCUCCUACACAGCCGCAGGCAGAUGAAUCGGCGGUUUCUACUGGGAAAAAGCAGCAAAGUGUUGAUUUGGGAUCAGAAGCAGCAGCGCUUGGAUUUAUGCAAUCACACGUGAUCAAGAUAGAAGCUGGGCAGGAUAUAUUGGCCAAAAUAAUGUCAUUCUGCGAAAGUACCUCUAAAGCAGUGUGCAUUCUGUCAGCCAAUGGUUCCAUAUCUAAUGUAUCACUUCGCCGACCAGAUGAACCUGUAACACAUAAGGGACUGUACGAGAUCCUUAGUCUGACGGGUUUCUUCUUUGUCUUGGAAUCUGGUGGUCAACGCAGCAGAGAAGGUUGCUUGACUGUGAUACUUGGUAAUGCAGCAGAUGGUGAUGUUUGGGGAGGCAAUGUGGAUGGGCUCUUUACAGCAGCAACUGAUGUUCAGGUUAUUGUUAGUAGCUUCAGCACAGAAAAACAGGGGCAGGUGAAGUCAGACAACUUUGGUACACCAGCAACAUUAGCAUCAACGUCCAGAAGUCCUAUGUCAGUUGGAACUUUAUUUGGGUCUGUCAGCCCUGUUAGUCCGCUAGGCUGAAACUAGGAAGAGAAGCCCUCCUGGAGUUGCUGCUAGGUUGCCCUUUUAAAAGGAAUGCUUCUCUUGUUGAUAAUACCAUUGGAAAAGCUGUGUGAUGCGAGAAUGUAUUCUGCAGCUUAGCAAUUCAUGUUGGUUUGAUAUUGCCCUUAUGUUUGAGCAAUUGCUGGGCAGUUAUCUUUUUUGUACAAAUAUGACAUCCUUUAUGCACAGAAACAUUAGAGUCUAAUUCUAGUUUUACUUCACAGCUU